AUUGUGUGAAAGCUGGCCCUAGGAGAAAACAAGUUGAAUACUCCCUUUGUAUGUUAGUGAUAUGGAAGUUAAAUCUAUACAACUACUGAUUUAUUUCUCAUGUUUUACUUCACGCUUAAGCCUGAUGCUAUCUCAUGCAAGAGAAACAUAAAUGCUGCCUGACCCCCGCCGGGCCUCUGAGAAAUGACUACCAGUGUGCAGAGGAAGUGGCAUGAAAUUUGCGAUGAACUGAUAAGAUUCACGGUUGAUAGAGAUCACAAACCCCCGGCCGCGAAGUUACAGAACCACCGUGUCUCUGAUGCCGGGGAGAAGAUUGCCGACUCCUGUUAAAGUAGGCCACCAGCCUUCAGCCAGAGAUAAUCAUAACAGCAUGACCCUCACAUUCAUGAUUGUUACACCACAGACGAGCGACUCCAGAUCCUGCCCGAGCUCGUAUCAAGGAGCCGACCGACAAACAAACGCCCAGCCUCGCCGUCACUUUAAACAGCAGCUAGAGACUCUUGACAAUUUUCCUCCAGAGAUACCCGACUAGCUGGCGCUCACAGAAGUCACACCAAUUGUUUUUUCUUUUUCUUUUUUUUUUUUGUUACCCUGAAAGUUUGCUCAGCUUCACCCCCUUCUCACUCACUUUAGAGCUGCAUACCUACCCGGCAGGAAUGUGAUUGUACUGCAGCUGAGGAGCCGUCAGACUUGUGGCAACAAGCACACACAGUUGAUUGCAUCACAUCCGAGUGAGUUAUCUGAGUGAGUCUGAGGGUGUGUGUGAGUCUUUUUUUUUUUUUUUUCUUCUUUUCCUUCCAUGUAACACGUUAAGUCAGAUCAGGAAGUCUGAUGCUGUGACAGUGAGAAAAGGACGCGGGCAAACAAUGGCACUAUGUCUGCUUCUUGGCCUGGUAGCAUGAGAGGCCCCCGAGUGAAGACCCCUCUUCUUCUUCUUCUUCUGCUGCUGCUCAACGCUCUGACCGGCACAGUGCUAUGUCAAGAUGAAGAUGUGGCACCAGGGACGGCAGGUGACCCAGACACGGCAGCUGACCCAGAGGAGGCAGGUGACCCAGAGGAGGCAGAUGACCCAGAGGAGGCAGGUGACCAAGAGGAGGGGAUAGAGGCUGCGGUGACACAGCCCUCAGAUCCGCUCCCGACAGGUGAUCAGACCAGCUCAGACCCAACCCUCAUUGAGACCAACCACACAGAUGGAGUCAACGCAGCACCAGAAAUGAACUCAGGCACAGGAGAACCCUCCACAGAUGGAGGGGGAGAAGGACAAGAGGGUUUGAGUACCAUCAUCAUCCUCAUCCCUGUGGUGCUGGUGGUGGUGAUCAUCGGAAUGAUCAUGUGCGGUAUCUUCAUCAACCGCAGGUGGAACAGCAAAGCCAAGAGUCAAGAGCUAAACAAAGAGGAUCCAUAUCUGGACGGGUCCAGUACGGAGAAGGUGCCGAUGCCCAUGUUCGAAGAAGACGUGCCCUCUGUACUGGAGCUGGAGAUGGAGGAGUUGGACCAGUGGAUGAAGAAGGACUAUGAGACUACAGAGGACUCUAAACUUGCAUGAAUCUAUUUCUGGUUAACACAGGACGCUCUCCCGGUAGGCAAAGGACACAGUCAGCGAUGCGCCGUUGCCAACUUGAGUAUUCUGACCUUUCUACAGUAACGCAGCGACGCGUGCUGACCAAAGGAAACAACGUCACGACACUGAAGGGACACUCACGAGCAUAUCUCUCAUUACCUUUACAGUCGAGUCCUUCGUUUUCUCUGCGUCUUCGCGGCUCUUUUAUUAUGAAAAUGAUCAGUGCUUCUCUCAAGCGUCGCCUGUUUUGAUUGUAUUGUUGUAAUCAGCCACAUUCACAGCAUUUCCUGUCUUAUGUAUCAAGUCAAAACCUUAAGAAACAUCUCCCCCACCUUUCUGCAGAUUCACACUGUCAAAGUGUGUGUGGUGGUUUUCAAGCACAUUAGGGCCUCACAGAUAUCAGUGUUCAUCGUCUCUGCUGAUGGCCUCACUUCAGCUGAAAGCCGCUUUGUUGUAUUACACUAUGUGACUCCCUCCAGCUGCAGGUUUUUAAUGGUGAAAUGUCCUGCUGGAGAUUGUAGGCAUGCAUGACAGAGCAGGGCCGCUCCUUUCCAUGCCUCUGCAGCGCUGGAUGAGGUUUAAAGUAUUUUUCAUUCAGACACUGAAAUCUCCGAGUGUGAAAUCAGUUGGAUUCUAUUUCUGAGUCUUUUGAUGAAUUAUCGCCUGUGUCCGAAACAGCUUUUUCUAAAAGCUGCUGCUGAUAAGAUUCCUAUCUCACCGUAGAUAAUGACACUCUGACUGAAUAACUUGUGUCUGCAGAUGCUCUUCAGAUGCUUUGUCUCUCCCGUUUUGGCUCAGAAAGCAGAAGUCUGAAUCACACUGAUCUAAAUGUGAGUGCAACUUUGAACAUGUCAGUCAGUAUUGCGCAGUAUCUUGCACUGUAAAUAUGAGAAUAUAGUAUACCAAAAGAUGGUACUGUCAAGGACACCUUUUUUGUAAAUAUUACAUACAAAGCUGUAGUUGUGUUGUUUUGCCAAUGAAGCUUUGAAUAAAAGUUGAAUGAAUGCAAA